GCCAAGCAUAUCAAGUGUUGUGUCACUUGCAGAAAGGUACGUGGACCGACUGAAGAACAGCGCAUGGCUGACUUGCCAGUUGACCAUGUAGAUCCUUCACCCCCUUUCUCAUACACUGGACUUGACUGUUUCGGCCCCUUCUAUACAAAACAUGGUCGGAAAGAAUGUAAGCGAUAUGGCCUGUUGUUCACGUGUUUAAGCUCCAGAGCCAUUCACAUUGAAAUGUUAGAGGAUCUCACUACUGAUGCAUUCAUAAAUGCUUUGAGAUGCUUUAUAGCAAUCAGAGGAGCAGUAAGACAGAUUCGAUCUGACCAAGGUACGAAUUUUGUCGGGGCAAAGAAUGAGUUGGAGAAAAGUCUAUUGAAGCUAGACAAAGAGAGGAUUUCCACCUAUCUGGCUCAAAACCAAUGCGACUUCCUAAUGAAUGUUCCUGAAGCAAGCCACAGGGGUGGUGUUUGGGAACGCCAGAUCCGGACAGUCAGGAGCGUAAUGAGGUCUGUCCUGGCACAAGUCACAGGAAGGCUAGAUGACUCUUCACUGAGAACAUUCUUCUAUGAAGCCAUGUCGAUUGUGAACAAUCGCCCACUAACCACAGAUACAAUCAGUGACCCCAAAAGUGUUGAGCCUUUGACGCCUAAUCAUUUACUCACGAUGAAGACAUCUCUUCCCCUGCCGCCUCCUGGCAAUUUUGUCAGAGAAGAUUUGUACGCCAGGAAAAGAUGGCGGAGGGUGCAAUAUCUGACAGAACAAUUCUGGAGCAGGUGGCGCAAGGAAUACUUGACCAACAUAUGCCUAAGACAACAGUGGCAUGCGCCCAAAAGAAAUGUACGAGUUGGGGAUGUAGUGAUUGUUAAAGAUGACAAUACUCCAAGAAAUGAGUGGAAACUAGCCAGAGUAGUUGAGACAAGUGAAGAUGAUGAUGGUCUUGUGCGAAAGGUUAAAAUCCAAAUAGGAAAGAGAGAUUUAGGAAAGAAAGGUGAACGCUUGAAGCCACUUUCUUUUCUUGAACGUCCAGUUCAAAAACUAGUGGUUUUAGUUGAGGAUGAAUCCUAAACUACAAGUGAAAUACUACUAAAAUUAGACAAAAUAAAUACAAAAAGGAGUAUAGUUUGUUGGGUUGAGAGUCAAUAUUAUUAAUGUCAUUGAAGCUCUAAUGACUUGAAGAUUGAUUGUUAAUUCAUCGAAAAUUACUUGAUUUAAAUGUUUGGUUGGGACAUAUGAUGAAUAUAAAUCUUUGUAAUUUUGGUGGCAGUGUAGCUGUCGCAGAACAUUAUAUUUCUUUGAACAGGAUUUGUUGUAAUUACAGAGAAAAUGUUUUAUUUUGAAAUGUGUUCAGAUUCUAUGCUCUGUUACUGACACCUACUGGUCUAAUUGUGUAUUGCACUGAGUGUUCUGCAUGCAGUGUUCACAUGUUUAAUUGGAGCAAUAAAAACGUGCUGCCAGACGCUAGUACCAACGGUAGGACACAGAUGAAGGAGACGCGUCUGUGAAGAACUUUAAAAGACUGCAAAGCCUAAACAUUUCUGGUUAGAAGGCGCACACGUUUUUCACGGUGUUUGCUGACAAAAGGAAAAGAAUAAAUAUUGGUCAAACAUCAGUUGGAGCGUGGCUUAUCUGUACCAGAUGAAGAAACUUUGGGAGCAGUUAUAAGAAGAU